ACGCCGAGGUCGCGCCGUGCGUGGGGCCACGCCCCAACCCGGAAGUGAGCGAGCGGGCGAGCAAGCUGGGCUCCGUGCGCGCGCCUGUCCGGGGCAGGAGGCGGCCCUCGGCGGGGGCAGCGGCGGCGCGGAGCGAGGGGGCCGCCGCCCUCACCUCCGGCGCCUCGACGGGCCCUCAAGGCUCCCCCGCCCCAGGUGAGCCCGGAACUGGCGAGGCCCCUCAGGUGGGCCGGGGGCGGGGCCUCUUGGGAGGGGGGCGCCUUCGCUGCCCGGGGGCAGGAGCUGUUAUUUUGUGGGGGGGGGGGGGGGGGGAAUAAGCUGGGGAGGGCCUUGUGGGCGGGGCCUUCUGCAUUAGGUGGGUGGAGCCUUCGCCUUUGGUGGGCGGGGCCUUCUCUGCUAUUGGAGGUUUGUUUUGGGCGGGGCUUCUGGUUUCAAUGGGUGGGGCUUAUUGGGGAGGAAUUUGUGGGGGGUCUUUGGUCAGCGGGGCUUUGCUGUUGGAAGCUUGUGGGCGGAGCCUUCUUGCAUGGGUGGGCGUGGUUUUGUCGGCUAGCUGGGAGGGGCUUGUUGUGGGUGGGGCAUUCUGGUUGGAGUGGGCGGGGCUUGUCUGUUAUUGGAGAGGGUCACGUUGCAGGGGCUUUGAAGGAGGAGGAGGAGGUGGUCAGUGGGGAAGCUUACUUGGCUCCUGUUAUGGGGAAGGGGCUUUGCCUGGCGUGGCAAAAGUGCUUCUCAGAUAACAAGGGACUUUGAUUUGUGGGGAAGGGGCUUGCUUACUUUUCAACAAGAAAAAAGACAGUUUACACUUCCUUUUUGAUCUUGCCACCCAGGAAGGCCAGGGCUGCUUGGUCUCUUUUGCUGCUGCUCGCAGCUUGGCUCACUUACUUGAGAUAACAUCCCCAUUCCUUGUAGAUUAGUGCCUGUCUCCUCUCGCGCGGGUGGCACUGUAGGUUAAACCACAGAGCCUAGGGCUUGCCGAUCAGAAGGUGGGCGGUUCGAAUCCCUGCGACGGGGUGAGCUCCCGUUGCUCAGUCCCUGCUCCUGCCAACCUAGCAGUUUGAAAGCACAACAAAGUGCAAGUAGAUAAAUAGGUACCACUCCGGCGGGAAGGUAAACGGCGUUUCUGUGCGCUGCUCUGGUUUGCCAGAAGAGGCUUAGUCAUGCUGGCCACAUGACCCGGAAGCUGUACGCCGGCUCCCUCGGCCAGUAAAGCGAGAUGAGCACCCUUUACCUUACCUCUCGUGCAGAUGCUCUUCUGGUCUGCACCUUGCCUGCUAGAUCCUCGUGGCUUCCCUGAAUCACUUCCUCAUUGUUCUCCCUCUUCCUUCUUUCCACCCUGGCCUCUUCCUUCUUCUCCUCAGGUACAAGCCCCACAUUAAGAUGGAGCCCACGGCCUCAGCCGUCUUCUGCAGCCGGGUCCUUGGCAUGGUCAACUCGGAGGAUGUGAACGCCAUCAUCCUGGCUCAAAAGAACAUGUGAGUGGCCUCCGUUUUUAUUUUGCAGUACUGGACUUUCCCACCUUGGUACUGUUUCUUUCUCUUCAUAGAAUCAUGGGAUUGUAGAGUUGGAAGGGGCCCCCAAGGGUCUUCUAAUCUAACCCCUUGCAAUGCAGGGAUCACAGCUAAAGAAACCUGGACAGGAACCUCUGUUUGAAAACCUCCAAGGAAGGAGUGUUCACCACCAACAAGGGAGUUUAUUCCUCACCCUCUUGAGCAGUAGAAUAAAAUCUUGCUCCAUCUUCCAUGUGACAACCCUUCAGAUAUUGGAAGGUGGCUUCUGUAUCUCCUCUCAGUUUCCUCUUUUCCAGGCUAAACAUUCCCAAUUUCUUUCACUUCAUUCACCUUCUUUCUCCCUUUCCAAGCUAAAAACAUGGUGGGCAGGAUGCUCUCCUUCAAAAUUCCUGCUCCAUGUCUCCAUCUUCUUUCCCUACUCUUCCAUGGUUCUCAGCAUUCACUGGAGAGGAGCACUGAACUUUGGAAGUCACUCCCGCAGGAGGCAGUGGUGGCCACUGGAAGGCACCACGGAGGACCUUAAGCUCCAUAAAUAGCAACACCCUAGAGGUCCCGGGCCCUAAGGAAGUCAGAUUAGCCUCAACCGGAGCCAGGGCCUUUUCAGCACUGGCUCUGGUCUGGUGGAAUGCUCUGUCUCAUGAGACCAGGGCCCUGCAGGAUCUGAUUUCUUUCCGCAGGGCCUGUAAGACAGAGUUGUUCCACCUGGCCUUUGGAUUGGAAUCAACUUGAUCCCCUUCCCUUCUUUCUUUUUUUCUUUCUUCUUCUGUGAUGGAACUCCUGCUUGGGGACUUCCCUGGCUUUUUUCUGGCCCGCUUAGGACGUCUGGAUAGUUGGCUUUAGUGAAGAUUUGACAUUUUCAUCCCCAAAAAAGUUUUUGAUUUGAGUUUCUACUGAAAUGACGCUGCAUUUUAAUGUUGUAUUUUACUCUUGUUUUUAAGUUGUAUUUUAAUCAAUUGCUUUUAUACCUGGUGUUAGCUGCCCUGAGCCCAGUCUUGGCUGGGGAGGGCGGGGUAUAAAUAAAAUUUACUAUUAUUAUUAUUAUUAUUAUUAAGAGGACUGGUACAAACUGAAGGAGAAUAAGGCCACCAGUGACUACCAGUCACGCUGGCUGUGCUCUCCCUCCAACGUCAGAGACAGCAAAUGCCCCUGGACUGCAUUUACUGGCAAUUGUCAGUGGGGAGAGUUGCUGUUGCCCUCGGGUCCUGGUUGCAGGCUUCCCGUUUGGGACAUCUGUUGGCCACUGGGCUGGGCUCAGGGGCCCCCUUUUGGCCUGGCUCCCCUCACAUUCUUCAUGCUUUUUAUUAUUAUGUUUUUCCAUUAAUAUUAUUAUUGAAAGAAUUAGCAAAUAUAAUAAAAUAAAAUAGAAAUAAAUUACAAUUAUAAAGAUACAAAGGAAAAAAGGGGGAAGCGAGGGGGGAAACAAAGAUUUAUUUAAUAAAGAAAAAAAAUGCAGAGUAAUGUACUCCCAUACAUAAAUUGAUAUAGUGUUGUCAUCCUAAUACCUAUACAGUGGUACCUUGGGUUACAUACGCUUCAGGUUACACACGCUUCAGGUUACAGACUCCACUAACCCAGAAAUAGUACCUCGGGUUAAGAACUUUGCUUCAGGAUGAGAACAGAAAUUGUUCUCCAGCGGCGCGGCAGCAGCAGGAGGCCCCAUUAGCUAAAGUGGUGCUUCAGGUUAAGAACAGUUUCAGGUUAAGAACGGACCUCCGGAACAAAUUAAGUACUUAACCUGAGGUACCACUGUAUAGAUGUUAAUAGCCUGCUACGUUCUGUACAAACUCAUUCCAAGUGUUGUCAUAUUGUCAAUCCAUUGAUUAAAGGUUAUCAUAUCUUUAUUCUUCCAGUUCAUCAGCAUCAGUCUCUUGAGCACCAUUAGGGUGUGUAGAAUCCCAUUUCCAUACAAUAGGUACAUAAUUCAAAAGAAUAUUCUCUGCUGUAAGAUUUAACUUUUUCUGCAGUCAGUUAUACGAUCCAGCACUUUCUUCCAAAACUUGGUAAGUCUAGAACACUGCACAUUCUUCAUGCUUGCUUGCAGCUCCCAAAGCAUUCCUUAAUCCUGGUAAUCUUAAACCUGCCUCUUGAGCCAACCCAAGCCAACAGCUUGUCUUUGUUGCCCAGGCUGGACCGAUUUGAGAAAACCAACGAGAUGCUGCUCAACUUCAAUAACCUGUCUGGCGUCCGCAUGCAACAGAUGAGUGAGCAGUUCCUGCACCACACCCGGACCUUAGUGGAGAUGAAGAAAGAUCUGGACAGCAUCUUCCGGAGAAUCAGGUGAGGCUGGCUGGCCACUAGGGCAUUCUUCCCAUCUUGUCCACGGGGCAAGUAGUGCUGUUGUAUAGAAUCUGCGGCCUUCCAGAUCUUACCAAACUACAACUCCCAUCAUUCCUUGCUAUUGGCUACAGCACCAAGGGGUGAUUGGAGGUGUGGCUCAGUGACACCUUCAGGUUUACAGGUUAGCCACCCUUGGUGUCAGUCUGUAAGAUGUGGGAGAUCAAGGUUCAGAUCCUGCCUCGGCCACAAGGCUCACUGGGCAGCCUGUUUAUCAGCCGAGCCCCCCUCACAGGCUUUUGGGGGGAUAAAACAGAGAGGGGGAAGGUCUGGAAAUUAUUCUGACACACACCCUUGUAUUUUCGGCUGCACAUUUUUUAUUCUACUUUUGUGGCAUUAAUGGUAUGCUUUAGUUCAAAGAACCAUAGAAUUGUGGAGUUGGAAGGUACCCAAUCAUCCAGUCCAACCCCAAACAAUAGAGGAAUCCUAGCUAAAUAAUACCUGACAGAUUACCAUGUUUGUGUCUCAUUCAGGACGCUGAAAGGGAAGCUCGCGAAACAGUAUCCAGAGGCAUUUAGUAGUGAGUAUUAUUAUUAUUAUCAUUAUAUUUAUAUCCUACCUUUUUUCCAGAGUUAGACAAGGCAGCUUACACCAGUGACACAAAUGCAGGAGGUUAAAAAAGCAUAGAAAAUAAACUAUAAACACUAUAGAAACAGACCUUUUAAAAUACAUAUUGUAAAAGUAGCACAGCACUUUUAAAAAGCCAUUUCCUUUAAAAAAAACAAAAAACCCCAACCAGUAAUAUUUACUAGGAAAUACUGUGCAUUUCGCUCUCCAGGCUGUGUGAAUGAGCAGUAAAACAUCAAAUGCAAUGCUGUGUAAACAAGUGUAAGGUAGGCGUAUAGAAUCAUAGAAUUAUAGGGUUGGAAGGGACCCCUAGGGUUGUGUAGUCCAAUGCAGGAAUCUCAGCUAAAGCAUCCCAACAAAUGGCCACCCAGCCUCAAACCUCCAAGGAAGGAGAGUCCACGACCUGCCGAGGGAGACCCUUCCACUGUCAAACAGCUCUUACUAUCAGAAAGUUCUUCCUGAUGUUUAGUCAGAAUCUCCUUUGUUGUAACUUGAAGCCAUGGGUUCGAGUCCUACCCUCCAGAGCAGGAGAAAACAAGCUUCCUCCAUCUUCCAUGUGACCACUGUCAGAUGCUGGUGUGGUUGCUCGAGAGCAAACAGGCAAGACUCUGACCUGUCUUUUCCAGGCUUUGUUCUUAGUGCAAACUAUUUACAGUGAAGAGCGUCGUAAGUUCAGAUCUGGCUCAAUCGCUAGCAGAAUCUGGGAGUGGUUGGUCUUUGUACCCCCCCCCCCAGCAUAACAGUCGCGUGACCCCCAACCUUCUCCCCUCCCUGCACCGAAACCUACUGCGCAGCAUGGGUGCUGGCAAAGGGGUACUUCCCUUCUCUCCAGUUUGCUCAGGCUCUCCCUAGCAUCCCCUGGUCCCUGCACCACCUCUCCACUGGAGGUGGGGGUUUCCUCCUCGCCGGAGGAGGAACUGCUUCGCAAGAUUUUCGGAGGUUCCCUAUAACACACGGGUGUCAAACACAAGGUCUGUGGGCCAAAUCCGGCCCGCCAGACCUCGUCAUGUGGCCCGUGUAGCCGGCGGCGGCCGCCAGCCUUCACCUUUUAUUCUCGCUUUUUUUUUUUACACAAGAAAGCCGCCUCUUCAGCGCAUGCGCGGCAGCCUACAAGCCAGAGAACGUCUGCCCUCUAGCGGCGCUGGCCGUUCUACACAGGAAACCUCCACUUUACAUGCAUUCAGGAAACCUCCACUUGUUUUUAUAUUGAGCGCAUGCCAUCCUGUGAUGUGACAGAUCCAACGGCUGCCUGAACCCUUCUCUCCUGUACUGUAAGUCCUACAGAUGCAACCGACCCUUUGAGGGUGACCAAACUGCUGAUGCGGCCCCCGAUGAAUUUGAGUUUGACACCCCUGCUAUAACACAACUGCCCUUCCACCUCUCACCUCUGAGUUGAUGGCAGUUCCCUGACAACCGCCCUUAAGAUAUUUGAAGAUGGCUAUCAUAUCUCUUCUCAGUCUCCACUCUUCCAGGCUAAACGUACCUACCUCCUUCAACCGUUCCUCCUAAGGCUUGCUUUCCAGACCCUUGAUCAUCUUGGUCGCCCUCCUCUGCACAUCUUCCAGCUUGUCAAUAUCCUUGUUAAAUUGUGGUGCCCAGAACUGGACUUUUAUUGUCUUUAAAACUCUUGUAAGCCUCUCCUAAAAGUUCACUUUGCACAUGUUUCAAAACCCCAAGUCCAGCAACGAUUAUUUUCCUGUGCACUCAAAACCCUUUUCACCUGCAUUAACUGUAAUAGUCUUCGCAAUGGUCCCAUAGGCUAGACCACCUUUCUGCCUUCCACAUAACACGCCUAAUGCUUCGUUCCGUUGGCAAAGGCGGCGUGCGCUUUCUAGCCCCCCUCUCUUACCUGUCCCAUCUGUCGGUCUGCCUCAUUACCGUUCUGAUCCCCAGAUAUCCACGAAUCUCCCAUCCUGGAAGACGACGACUUCGACCCGAUCCCCAAAAGCACCGCCACCACCAUUGCUACCUCGGAGCAGAGCACGGAGUCCUGUGACACUAGCCCGGACAUCAUCUCCCCUGCCACCAGCCACGACUUUGAGGACCUUUCCCAGGGGCCGUACGACUCGCCGGCGGUGAAUGGGCAGAGCAUCACAGACGACGACAACGAGACGGACUAGUCUCUACAGUGAAGCUCUCGCGUGGGGCAAACUGGUGUGCCGUCUUGACCCCUGCUUGCUUCUGGACUUGCAAACUGGCGACCCCCUUAUUUUUUAAAAAACAAAACACCAACCAACCUGUAUUUUCUGUGUUGUCUUGGCCAGCUGUUUCUUUGCGUCGGGGAGAGAGGGGCGAGCCUGGGCAAAAGUGGCUUUUCUUGCAUGAACCGCCGUCUUCCCCCGCGGUGCUGAUCUGUGAUUUUUAUGCCAAAUAUGCAAAACGGUGAGCAGCUAGUUCACAUUUUUUUGGGAGGGGGGGAACACACUGCAGCGGGGGGGGGGGUGUCUGCCCAAUUGCACAAUUGGGUGUGUUCACUGAGGGCUACCUCCAGCCUCCCAGCCAACAGUAUAACCAUGCUUAAGACACACAUGAACUCGCAUGCGCUCAAGGGAUUAUUCUCUAACAGGGAUGCUAUCAGCCCCACAUGUGCAGCUUUUGGGGAAGUGGCCAGCUAUGUGUCCCUGCAACGGCUGCCAGCUGGUUCAUUUGCUACCCUGUAAACAGAAUAACAUGCAAGAAGCACUCGGCUCUAUCCAAACUUGUUCGGAGAACUGCUUGAAAUGAAUCAACAUGAACGUGGGGCCAUGAAUUUCAAGGGGUCUGCCCCAAGAGGAGCUUUCUUCAAUGCAGCCCUGUGCACUGGCUAUAUACCCUGAAUCCACACAAGGACAUUUUUUACAGUGGUGGUGGUCGUGUUCCUAGUGAGAAGAAACGAUUUGGGGUUCAUCCCCGAUUCCAUUUUGCUGGGCACGAGUGUCGAUAGCGGAGCUCAGUUCGUCCACCACUCGGGGCGCUCCUCGUUCCUUGAGCCGUGUUUUCCUGCACGCACUCUGUUCAUGCAUGGGCCUGUGGUGUUAGCUGCAUUGUGCCCUGUUCCAAAGAAGUGCAGAUCUGCUCCCCUCUCCUGGUUCUCUUGCUGACUCAGUGAGGGUUGGAGCACACAGCAGCCUCCCAUCGCGGCUUCCUCUUAACUCCCCUUUAAAAGUAUGUCCUGCGCUACUUUUUCCAUUACCCAAUGAUGCACCUUAUAUCUGACAUAAGAGAGUGUAUGUGCUUGCCUUGUUAGUGGCAAAGAAGAGCUGGAAAUUUUUUUGCGCCUGGCAACCAACGCACCCCUUGGGUUUCAGAUUUAUAACUGCUAUGGUAGCUCAUUGGCCAGAAGUAAUGUCUUUAGCAUUAACUCUAGAAGUGUAGACUCGAUUCUGACUCCUGUAGACUCCUGGAGCAAAAUAUACAUCAGGACUCUUAGUUUGGUCAGAAUUGAGUGUACACUUCCAGAGUUGACUCUGAUUACAUUUCUUCUGGUAAAUGAGUCACCAGAGCUGCUAGAGGGUAUGGAAAUUUGCGUCCAGGGGUUUUCAGACUUAUCUACCCAUGUUCCAUCCGGAGCCCAAGGGGUGCGUUGGUUGCCAGGUACAAAAUAUAUUGGCAUUAGUUUCAGCUCUCCUAGCCCACUAUGUGCUGCCCAUCUUAAGCAGAGGUUGCCCACUGCUUCCACCCUCUUCUUAACAUCUGUUAUAAUCAUCCUGUUAGGUACUUUUUCCUAGAGGUAUCCAGUGUAAAUGGUUAACGCCAGCACAACAGCUUUUACCUGUCCAGCGAAACUUCCCCACCUCCUCUAAUUGCCUGCCUGCCCCCCAAAUUGAGUGAGUUGAGGGGAAUCCCAAAAACAAAUUUAGAAGAGGGCAGAAAAGUUAAAAGCUGUUGAGCUACCCUAAGUGUUCAGUUGCAUCCCAGUACCGGGUUGUGCUCAACAUUCGACCUACUUAGCACUGGCCCACUGAAAUCAGUAGUCACAUCCAUUGAUUUCAGUGGGUCUACUCUUGAGUAGAAUUUUGUUGGGUUUAACCCUGAUCCCUGUCCCCCCACCUUCCAUGAUACCUUCAGUUACCGUUUUACUGACAAGUGUCUGUGUCUCUGGUGUGAAGUUUUUAAGCGCCCAUCCCACACAACGGUCUGUAUUAUGGUUCCCUUCGCCGGAACUCGGGUAAUGGCUAGAUUUGUUGAGUAAAGGUUGGGGCAAGCUGCUUCCUUUCUCCACCGUAAAUAAUAAAAAAAACUCCUGAAAUGCAUUGUAAUUCAAAGAAUAAUAUUUUUGUACUGCUACAAGUUUACAGAGAUUAAUGAGGUAAUAACCAAUAAAAGAGUUGCAUUAAUUGAUAGA